AUGAUCCGGCAGCUGCUCUCUGCGCGAGCUGACGCGAAUAGCUCUUUUGCCGUGAAGCCUUUCAGUGUGAUGGGGGUCCUUUUCGGAGGGCUGAGCCUCCGGUAUCGCAUGGGCAGCCGGUCGUUCCCGGCGAGGCUCGGAUACCACAGCGGUGGAGCCACACCGCUGAUGCUUGCCAUCCUGUCUGGGCAAUACGAAGCUGCUACUGCUCUUAUCGCGAAUGGGGCGAAGAUGGACGUUGAAAACUCACGUCAUCGGCGAGCAGCCGACCUGGCUCGUGAGAUGCAGGUGCCGGAUUUUCUGAUGCAGGCAUUGGAGCAAGGGAACACUGACGCCUGUGAAAGGAUUACUGCCAGCGCAGGCGUGCUGGAGUCUCACGCUUUUUGA